AUGGUGGGCGUAUUUGCCACUUCUCCUCUGAUUUGUAAACUUGCUAUUCAUCUGCCAGUGUUUGUCCCAUCUGAUCUACUUAUGGAUCUUCAGUGGAGAGCUUACCUUGGGGCAACUGCUUAUGGUAAGCCUCUCAAGGUUGAUAGUCCUAUGCUUGCUGUUUCCAGACUCUCUGUGACUUGUGUGUUAGUUGAGAGGAUAUCACUCAAACAACUCCCGAUGAGGGUUAGCCACUUACCAUCUUUGCUGAGAAGGUGCAAUCCGAUCCUCUUUCCAACAUCGCAGUUCCAGAGGCAACCGGAGCUGGUACUUGGAAAUGAAGAUUUGUGGUCAUUUGUUAAUUUUGCUGGAGAAGAUCUUGCUAACAUACCUACACUUGUGGCUUUUCUUGGAAUGCUUAAAACAUUGGCUGCUACAGAAGAAGGUGCUUCAAAGGUUUUCGAGUUGCUACAGGGUAAAAUGUUUCGGAGAGUUGGUUGGGGUACCUUAUUUGAUUGCUUGUCUAUUUAUGAUGAGAGAUUUAGGCAAUCUAUGCAUUCUUCUUCUGGGUCUCCUUUACCGGAUAUUCAGGAGGGCGACGCACAGGCACUUGUUGCUUAUUUAAACGUUCUGCAAAAGGUAGUUGAAAAUGGUGAUUCCACUGAGAGAACGAAGUGGUUUCCGGAUAUUGAACCCUUUUUUAAGCUUCUUAGUUAUGAAAAUGUACCCCCAUAUUUGAAGGGUGCACUUCGUAAUGUUAUUUCUUCUUUCGUUGGAAUUUCUCCACUUUUGAAAGACACUAUCUGGAGUUAUCUUGAAAAAUAUGAUCUUCCUGUUGUUGUAGGCCCCCCUCCCAAAACUAGUGGGCUUCUGUUCCAAUCACAAAUUUAUGACAUGCGAUUUGAGCUUAAUGAAGUAGAAGCUAGAAGGGAAAGAUAUCCAUCAACUAUUUCUUUCAUCAAUUUGUUAAAUUCAUUGAUUUCACAAGAAAGAGAUGUAAGUGACCGAGGCCAAAGGUUUGUCGGCAUUUUUAGAUUUGUCUAUGAUCACGUCUUCAGCCCUUUUCCCCAGAGGGCUUAUGCUGAUCCUAAAGAAAAGUGGCAACUGGUUAUCUCUUGCCUCCAGCACUUCCAUUUGGUUUUGAGCAUGUAUGAUCUCCGCGAUGAAGAUAUAAAUAAUGCUGCAGACAUGUCUCUACAAUUGAGUUGCCUUCUUAACUCCACACAUGAAGUCCAACUUCCUGUAUUAGAGUUGUUGAAAGACUUCUUGGGUGGCAAAGUAGUUUUUCGCAAUGUCAUGGGUAUCAUCUUAAUUGGUGUAAACAGUCUUAUCAAUGCUCGGAUUAGUCAAGCAUAUGGUAAUCUGCUAGAGAAAGCUAUUCAACUUUCAUUGGAAAUUAUAGUUCUUGUUUUUGAAAGAGACCUAUUCCUUGUCGAGUGUUGGCGCCCAUUAUAUCAGCCUUUGGAUAUUGUACUUUCUCAAGAUCAUAAUUACAUUGUCUCUUUGCUGGAAUUUGUACGAUAUGAUUUUCUACCUGAAAUUCAGCUUCUGUCCAUAAAAAUUGCGAGCAUCCUAAGCUCAAGGAUGGCUGGACUUGUACAGUUUUUAUUGAAAACAAAUGCAGCAAAAUAUCUAAUUGAGGAUUAUGCUGCUUGUCUUGAGGCACGUUUUGAUGAGUCUGUUGUUGUUGAGAAUACAAAAGAUGACCCUGGUGUUCUCAUAAUGCAGCUUCUAAUUGAUAAUAUUAGAAAACCUGCUCCAAAUCUUACACAUUUGCUUCUCAAGUUUGAUGUAAAUGGUUCAGUGGAAAAAACUUUGUUACAGCCAAAAUAUCAUUUCAGUUGUUUGAAAGUUAUUCUUGAUAAUUUGGAGAAGCUUUUGAAGCCUGAAAUAAACGCUCCACUGCAUGAGUUUGGUUUUCAGCUCUUUUAUGAAUUAUGUCUGGAUCCUCUUACUUCUGGUCCCAUAGUGGAUUUAUUGAGUAAUAAGAAGUACCAAUUCUUUUCGAAGCACUUGGAAUCUAUUGGUGUUGCCCCGCUACCAAAAAGGACAAGCAAUCAAUCUCUCCGCAUCAGUACACUACAUCAGAGGGGAUGGUUGUUAAAGCUGCUAGCUUUGGAAUUGCACUCAGCUGAUAUGGCUGAAUCCUCGCAUAGAGAGACUUGCAUGGCUAUUAUAUCCCAAACUUUCGGUCAAUGUGCUGAUGUGGACUACUCCGAACCAUAUUCAUCCCAAACUAUUGAGACACAUGCUUCUGGUUUUUCGCCUGAGACCAAAAAAAUGACGGCUUUGGAAUUUCUUGAAAUAAUUCAGUUUAAGCCUCCUGACAUUGCCUUGAGAUAUCCCCAAUUUUUUCUGGAUAUGAAGUAUCAUACUCAGGUGGAAGACAUACUUAGUAAUCCUUCAACAUCCGAGAUGGGUGGUGUCUAUUAUUAUUCAGAGCGAGGCGAUAGAUUAAUUGAUCUUGAUGCAUUUCAUGACAGGCUUUGGCAGAUGCUUAAAGUUUCUGCCCCGCAAGCAAUAUCCCAUCUUAAUGAAGCAGAGAAGGGUGGCAUGAGAGAAGCUACUCAGCAAUUACUGAGGUGGGCAUGGAAACACAACAAAAAUCUUGAAGAACAAGCGGCCCAGCUUCAUAUGUUGACUGGUUGGUCUCACAUAAUUGAGGUUUCUAUAUCCAGAAAAAUGUUAUUUAUUAAAGAUCAUUAUCAAGUAUUAAUCGAGUUGCUUGACGCUUCAUUGAGUGCAUCUGCUUCACCAGAUUGUUCUUUAAAAAUGGCAAUGAUACUAAGUCAUGUGGCACUGACUUGUAUGGCUAAACUACGAGAUGAAAGGUUCUUGUGCCCUGGAGAUUCAGAUUCCGAUGGUGUCACAUGCCUUGAUAUCGUUUCCGUUAAGCAACUGCCAAAUGGAGCUUGUCAUUCUAUACUUUUUAAGCUAAUGAUGGCUAUUCUUAGGAAUGAAUCAUCUGAAGCAUUAAGAAGACGUCAGUAUGCAUUACUCCUUAUUUACUUUCAGUACUGCCGGAGUAUUCUUGAUCCUGAAAUCCCAGCUUCAGUAUUGGACUUUUUGCUUCGUGAAGAACAGGGAGAAGAUGAGCUAAAUUUGCAAAAGAUUGACAAGGAACAAACAGACCUUGCUAGAGCUAAUUUUGCAAUUCUAAAGGAUGAGGCUCAAGCUGUCAUUGAUGUGGGAUGGAACGGAAACAGGAGAAAGAUGGGAGUUUUGGAUCUUUGCACGUCGCAAUCUUUAAAAAUACGUGAGCGUCAUGAUUCCGGAGUUCCCAGCUAG